AUGAGCCGAGGUCGUGUUUUCCAAAUGAUUUUUGUUUCCUGGGCAAUCCCCGUGGGAUUUGUCAUAACUUCAUUUUUCUUAAUCAAGCGGAAUUUUGUUAACAUAUUUGCAAUGUUUUGGGAGAUUUUUUCAUGCUGCUUUCUAAUAUUCUGCUUUUCCUCUAUGAUACUUGUGGUAUAUAAACAUGAUAGAUCAUCAGCCAUCUUAGCAAAACAGCUGCGGUUCAACCACAGAGGUUUGACAGUCAGAAGUCAGGACAGAUCAGCAGUAACAAUGAUGGCGAUUGUAAUAGUUGUGUUUCUCGUCUGCUAUGCAAUAUAUUUGCGCUGCAGUUUAGUAUCACUUGUUCAUCAUCGCCGUUGUAAUGAUAAAGUCUAUAAAAUACCUAUGUUAGUCCUGAAUUCUGCCAUCAACCCUUGGGUCUAUGCGUUCUUCAAGAGGGACAUAAAGAAGGAGAUGAUUAAGAAAUUGAUUUGCAGAAAAACUAAGAAGAAACUGCAAAAUCAAUAACCAUUAAAAAUGCAAGAUUUGAGUUUACAGUUUUUUAAGUUUAGAAAUCAAAAAGUGUUAAAUCCUUAUAAGCCCGUAGGCACAGUUUCGACGGUUUUUUUUCCAAUAAUGAUAAUAACGCGCAAAUUUUCAUAUCAUGGUAUGUAUAUAUGAUAAAAUGCGCGUAAAGGAGAAGAUGAACUCUAGAGUUAAUGCCUCCCAGCCAAUAGUAGAUUCAAUUACUCGAAAAUUCGUUCUAUCUUUACAAUUCAUUGAAUAGAUAACUACCCUUAUCGUCAUUUAACAGUUUGAUCCCAUACUGCCAGGCAACUCAGACAGUGUUUUAUAGGCAUAUAAAUUGUCAAUCGAACAAUAGACAUUUUCCGUAAUAAUUAUUAUUAGCUGUUUUUGAAAACUAAAUUACAAGGACAAAUGUUUUAGAGAUAUAGAGAAAGAUAUCUAAGGUCUUGACUUCAAGUUAAGCACAAACUCAAGAAACCGUUGUUUGCUCGAUAAAUUAAAAAGCACACCACAAUAAACGUUUGCGACAACUGAUAACCCUAAGAAAACAGGCCAUUAGCGACGCCAACAAUGGUUUCCUCUGUUCACAGACCCUCCAUUUUCUCUUCUCUUUCGAGCGUGCGAGACAAAAAACCGCGAGGGAUUUAUUGACCGCCAGCACAAGGGGGUGCAGACAUCUUUGGGAGCAACUGAAACUUGCUCUUCGCAGUAACAACAAAUUACCAUUGGCUGAACGGCGAUUAUCCUGUCAUCAUCAUGUCAACGACUCAUUACGCUCACGUCAUGCGAGUAGAAGCGUUUGUCAUCGCCUGGAGGCGCUAACUUUCUAUUAUAAUUUGCGUAAAAAAACAUCAAUUGAAAGCGCCGCCGGAUGCAGUCAUACUGAGUUUGUAUUGACCAUGCUGACCAUAUCUUUUGUAUCAGAUUAUAGACUAUGGAAAGCGUGCUUGACGACUGUUUGGCACAGUUUUCAAGCAAAUACGUGCUCAAAGAAGAGCGGUGUCAGGCUGUUUUGGGUUUACUGGAGCAAAAGGAUCUUGUGGCCGUUUUUACCACGGGUUUUAGGAAAAUUAUAAUUUACCAGUAGUUCGCGGCAGUGAAACUCAAACAAAGAGAAAAGAACGUAGUAUUAGUUGCAUCGCCAUUGCGGAUAUUAUCAAUGAUCAAGUUGAAGCAAUGGUUUUAAUAAAAGAAAAUCGAGCCCAGGUGCUUUUAACCUUAUUACUGCAAGACAAACAGACCCUACUUGACUUAUCUUCUGUUUGCGAAACUGUAAAAUCAAGAUCUCUUUAAUCGUCCGCCAUUUUUCGUUUUGUUAAUAACACCUUGACGAACACUCUCAAUAAACAGAUUCUCCGUAGCUUUACGGGAACGCGUUAAUAUCCCACAAUAAUCCGAUGGUUCGAUUUGUUUCGGCUUCAGACCCUUUUAGCCGGCUUUUUCGGCGUUGAAGUCAGUGCGACAAGACAUGUUUAAACAAACACGCGAGUCCGGGUGUCAUUUUUAAAAUGCUCUAAAAUACUUAGCAGUUUAUAUCUCCAAUAUCAUUGGUUCAAUUUAAUUGGUACUGCGAACCCGUAGGUGAUAAUUAUGAGGCGUUGAUAUGGGAGAGGAACUUUAAAAUAAACAUCUUUUUCCCAAAGAAGUCUACAGACGUUCUUCAUUUUCUCUUUCUCGCUCUCCGCGCUCACCGAUGUUUUCGAAGAUAACGAAAAGAAAAAUAAAACAACGUCUGUGUACAGGUUACGCGAAUAUAUAGCCUGCGUAGCAGGCGCUUGGAAGAAGUGGUCGUAAGAAAGAACGGGCGUUCGAGAGAGAGACACGAUCGUUGCGCCCACUACUUCCAAGAGCCUGCUAUGCAGGCCACGCGAAAUAAGGUCUGAGGAACGAGCGUAGACUGAUUCCAUACUGAUGACGCGUCACAACCCACAUCUGGAUAGUGCUCCUGAUUGGUUGAAGCAAAAUUUCCCUCGUGACACGACUAAUCAGAAGCACUAGGCGUAUCUGGGUAGUGACAAGUCAUCAGUAUAGAAUUUCUGCGGCCGUUCUUCAGAUGUCACUUCAUGGAGAAAACCAGUGGUGGCCAGAGUGAUGGCUAGUUGUCGCGAACGUUCAAAAUAGCGCGUGACUUUGCUAAGUACUGUCCUUCUCAGUUUACGGUUCGGUCAGAUGCAGACUGAAUAUUAGGCGAGACCUUUGAAAGACGGUCUGCUUCUCCGGCUAGGUUCUCGACUCAUUGGUACAGCGUAUACAGUGCACAGAUCACGCUAACGUUUACGUCAUCAGCUGACGUCAUCUGGGUUACUUCCAAAAGUGUCCGUUGUCCUUCUUAAGUGGCUAAAUUAAGAGAAAAAGUCUGACAUAUUUGUCUGCAUACUUGAAAAAUGUCCAUUAUAAGCCGAGUUUGGUUAAGCUCUCAUUGGUAUGACGCCGGUAUGUAUAUAAUGCAUUCAUCAGGUAAACUUUUUAUGACGUUUCUUGGGGGUUACAUAAAAUUGUCCGUACUAAAAAUAGUAAUGAAAAAAGCCUAUGCUAGUGAGUUUCUUUUUAUCAGGAACCGAUAUGUAAACUAUGCGAGUUUUCGUUACAGGUGCAUUCCAAAAUUCUUGUAAAACAACCAAUGCAUGCAAGCGGCGUCAAAACAAGUUCCUCUGAUGAAAGUCUUUGAUAUUUCAAAGGAGCUUGUUUGGUUACGGUCCGACCGGAUGGAUUUUUGUUUGGCAUUGCCGAGAUCGCUCACGGUGAAGCUUUUAAACUAUUUACUGAAUUGUAAUUACCAAUUGUCCACACUGUAUGUAUAGUGUCGAGUCAUUUAUUUUUUCUCCUACACCGGCCCCUCGUGUUUUUUUAAUCAAUGUUUUCCGAUUUCCCUUUGCGUGUUGCAAAUUAACUAUCUAACUUCGCUCCCACCAAAUACGUUCAAUUCUGGCUGUGAUCUAACUCUCUACAAACUGACACUUGUGUGAAAAAAAUAUUUUCAUAAUGCUUUAUUGUUAGCUUUGAAUUAUAAUAUAUAGGUUGCAACUAGUUGUCUUACAACACGAAUCUCAAGCCUCGGACUUACGUAUAUUUUGAGAAAUUAUUGAAAAGAAAUCCACGAGCCCUUAGAUCUUUUUUUUGUUUUCAAAACACGAUUAAUAAAUCAUUUGAUAAUUAUUCGACAGACAUUUUUUUAACGGAUGAGUAGGUACAAUUAACUAACUAUGAAGCAAAGCCGGUCCUCAGGUCCAAAUCUAAACUCAAAACCUCCCCGUAGUAUGUGUUGAAAAUAGAUCGUAACUGACCUCGUCAAGAAAAGAAAAACUUUAACAUAUUUUGCCCCGUUCAACUAAAGCUUUCCUACUUCAUUAAUGUCAAAAUAUACUCGGAAAAAACUUGCACAGAGAAAUAAAUUAAAUCGUCUUACAUAAAAUUUCCAAUAAAAUCAUUCCUCCUUAUAUCCAGGCUUAUAUGUCUUCCUUUUAAAAGAAGAAUAUCUUUGAAAUAGAUAGUGAAGAAAUGGUCAGUCAAGAGAAAUUGCUGACUCUCUUGUUGUGAAAGUGUAAUUAUUGAGUGAUAUAUUAAUAUAUAUGCAUAAGUCAGUACACCACUAAGUAAAAUCAGAGCAGGUGCUUUCAUUGAGGAAGGGUAUUGAUCGUAGCCAAGAUAAAGAGUAAUCAUGCAGUAAUCAUAGUAUGGAAACCUGGUUUUGGGUUCUUGGCUGGGCCUUUUCUGUUCUGACGAUAACUGGAAAUGGCUUCAUUAUCUUCCUUGUUGGCCGCAAUCGACCUCUCCGCACCAAAACCAACGCGUUCAUAGCUUCGCUUGCUGUAGCAGAUUUUCUUGUUGGUGUGGGCGUCGUUCCUUCUCUCUUCUUCUGCGAGAUCUCAGGAGGCGGGUGUAAAUGGUCUCGAGCCUGGCCGACCUGGCUCCCUAGUUUAAUACGAUGGCUAUUUGGAUACGCGUCGGCAUUCAAUUUGUGCAGCUUGGUGACAGAUCGCUAUAUAGCUAUUGUAAAGCCUUUAAAAUACGUAACGUGCGUAACUCCACGUCGAGUGAUUCAAAUGAUAUUCCUUUCUUGGGCGAUCCCCUUUGGAUUUGUGACGACUACAUUUUUCCUUGUUUUGUUUAGGAUUGAAUACGCGGGUUUUAUAAAUGCUUCAACGAUGUUCUUUGAGGUCGCGUCAUGUUGUAUCGUUAUUUUCUACUACUGCUCAAUGGUACUUGCUGUAUAUAAACACGAUCGAUCAGCAGCUGCUUGAGCGAAACAGUUACGUUUCAAUCACAAAGGACUGACAUUCAAUAAGCACGACAAAUCUGCUUUUACAAUGACGACAAUUGUUGUAGUGUUGUUUCUUAUUUGCUACGGAAUUCACUGUCGCUGUGGCUUUGUAUCACUCUUUCUUAGCCUUCCAUGUAAUGACUUUGAAUAUAAAUUACCUAUAUUGGUCUCAAACUCCGCCAUAAACCCUUGGGCGCACGCUUUUUUCAAGAGAGACAUAAAAAGGAGACAAGAAAGUUGAUCUGCAAAGCGGCUUCAAAAAAGGAUCGAUAACAAAGUAGGUCCUAUCAGGGAAGCCUAUCAUUUUACGGUGGGUAAAUGUAGCUCGACUUUGUUAACAGUCCAUUAAGAACAAAAUGUCAAGCAAUUGAGGAUAUAUACUAGUGUCUCUUACUAUUUAUGUCACAUCGUCAAAGCACUGACAAAACGCGCGUAUUCAAUCCUAAACAAAACAAGGAAAAAUUAAAAAUGUAGUUGUCACAAAUCCAAAAGGGGUCGCCCAAGUAUGUCAUACCUAAAAAAAAAACAGAAAAAAGAAGCAAAAUUUAGAUGCUAAGGAAAAAAUUUUCAAUAUUGUUCAUCUUUUAACAAUAGAAAAUUGGAGAAUGUCCACUUUAAGCUCUUGGCAGAGUUUCAGGAUUCUUCGAAGAGGCGCAUUAGCGUUUUAAUGAAAACUAUAUUUCUUUGGGUAAACCUAUUAAUAAAUAGUAAGAGUAAACAUUACCGGUUGCAUUGCCGGUUAAGUAUUGGUUUCAGCUGUACCAGUUUUAUUUAAUAAACCAUUGAGCAGCUUUUCAGUACAAUGACGUGUGCUCAAUUUGCCGUAAGGUUGUAAUUUUUAAUAUGCUAAAGUAUAAAAACGAACAGCUGUGAACGUCCGGUGCUGAUGUUCGACUUUCUGUGUUCACUUGAUAUAUAGCGCAAUUGGUUUUCCUAAUACUUAUCCACUGGAUAGUGAUUUAUGUGGUGGAUAGCGCGAUCCAUCUUUUGAACGACCAGGGCAUGUUUAGCAGGAGCAAGAAUUUCAUAUCCCAUGAUUACGAAGUCCAAAGGACGAGUUUUGGUUAUUUGUCUUUUUGUUUGUUUGUUUCGAUCUUUAAGUCUCCCGGCAUUAGUCAUCAGAAUCAACAAUAGUUGAGUCCUGAAUUUUUUUUUUUUUUUCAGGCUUCUUUAUCAUUUCUUCAUUUUAGUUGAACCAUGACAAAAUAACUGCAGAGAGGCUUGUUGCGUCUGAUAACACAAGGGGUUCAAGUCUCCACGAAUUUGCCAUUCGUUGAAUUAAGACUUUCAGUUACAAGUAAAGUAGAAGGUAGCUAGCCCUCUAAUUUUUCUAAUUUUUUUUUUUGUGUUUUGUCACUAACUGCAGGCGCGGAUCUCGGAUAAAUACUGACCGAUUUUCUAAACUAGAACCGAAGGUGCAAGCUUCGGAGGGGGGAGGGAGGGGGCUCCGGGCUAUGAGUCAGGUAUCGUGAAAUUUUUCGGAUUUUAAUUCUCAAAAGUCCCCUUUGCUGGGUUUCUAAGUCAUUCAGACAGGAUAUUUGUCAGUUCCAUUCCCCUCGGGUGAUCUUUGCAAAUCGGCGGAUUAUUUCAUCAAGGUAAACUUCCAUGUUGUAUGUUGGAUAUGGAGUAAGAUUGCAACUUGGAGAGUUUUUUAUUAUUAAAAAUAUAUUUAUUAUGAAAAAUCUGACCGAUUUUAGUAAAACAGUGGAAAUCGGUGUGGAUCUGCGCCUGAACUGAUCACCGUAAAAUUGCCCCUAAAUUACAUUUAAUGACGACACAAGCCAAAAAGAGGCGGGAAUUUCCAAGCUUUGCAUAAACGUUUGUUUAUUGUAGACAUUGAACAAAGUUUUAAUCGCUCAAUUAAUAUCGGUUAUCAGAUUUCACAGCAAGUGAAUCAAGAAAAAAAUAUAGAGCGGCUUAUUUGCAUUUAAUAACAGGAUCCUGAAGUCUCCCGAAAAUUGUUUUUCGUUAAGUUAAACGCGAGCUUCUUUUAAACUGACCCUUCUAAUUGGUCUUAAUGCAAUUUGCUGUCCUACAGCCAUCUAAGCAAUGAUUGUCAGGUCAUACAUUGACACAUAUAUGGUAAAUUAUGUUCUUAAGAUAAGGCGCAAAGGUUACCAGAUGUUCAUAAGAUAUCCUUACCUUUCCUUCCGAUCGAGGACCUCAAUCAACGCGAACUUAAAGCUUUCAGCUAGAGUUCAUGUUUGACGAUCAUGACAUUUUAACUUGGAUAUGGAUUCAGUUUGGAUGAAGAAUCGCCGUGAACAGACUCUUUGAUCGCAUUUAAUUUUAGUCGCACCUCUUUACUGUAACCAGAAAUAGCAGAAACUGUUUUCAAAUUUCCAGUUGAGGUGCUGAUAAAAAUUCAGUGUCAGAUACCUUGGUUUAGAAACAAAAACUAUCUCUUCAGUAUUCGACAGCUCCAAGCUGAAGAUGUGAAUGGAAACUUGGUUUACGAUUCUUGGUUGGACACUAUCCAUUGUGGCGGCGGCUGGAAAUGGCUCCAUUAUUUUUCUUGUUUGCAGCAAACGACGGCUCCUCACUAAGACCAACGCUUUUAUCAUUUCUCUUGCGGUAGCGGAUCUCGGUGUAGGGGCUAGCGUUUUCCCUUCAGAGGUUUUCUACGAAAUCGUCAAAACUAGCGACGAUUCGCGAUCGUCUUUAAGAUGUAAUAUCAAUAGAAUACGAUGGCUGGUCGGCUACGCAUCUGUGACAAGCUUGUGUUGUUUAGUUCUGGAUCGUUACGUGGCGAUUGUUAAGCCUUUAAAGUAUCUAAAUUUUAUGAGCCGAGGUCGUGUUAUCCAAAUGAUUUUUGUUUCCUGGGCAAUCCCUGUGGGAUUUGUCAUAACUUCAUUUUUCUUACCUGCUCCCGUUAAGCGGAAUUUUGUUAACAUAUUUGCCAUGUUUUGGGAGAUUUUUUCAUGCUGCUUUCUAAUAUUCUGCUUUUCCUCUAUGGUACUUGUUGUAUAUAAACAUGAUAGAUCGUCAGCCACCUUAGCAAAACAGCUACGGUUCAACCACAGAGAUCUAACAGUCAGAAGUCAGGACAGAUCAGCAGUAACAAUGAUGGCGAUUGUAAUAGUCGUGUUUCUCGUCUGCUAUGGAAUAUAUUUGCGCUGCAGUUUAGUAGCACUUUUUCAUAAUCUCCGUUGUAAUGAUAUAGUCUAUAAAAUACCUAUGUUAGUCCUGAAUUCUGCCAUCAACCCUUGGGUCUAUGCGUUCUUCAAGAGGGACAUAAAGAAGGAGAUGAUUAAGAAAUUGAUUUGCCGAAAAACCAAGGAGAAACUGCAAAAUCAAUAACCAUUAAAAAUGCAAGAUUUGCGAUCGCAGUUUUUUAAGUUUAGAAAUCAAAAAGUGUUAAAUCCUCAUAAGCCCGUAGGCACAGUUUCGACAGGUUUUUUCCAACGCGCAAUAAUAAUAACGCGCAAAUUUUCAUAUUAUGGUAUAUGAUCAAAUGCGGGUAAAGGAGAAGAUGGACUCUAAAGUUAAUGCCUCUCAGCCAAUAGUAGAUUCAAUGACUUGAAAAUUCGUUCUAUUGUUACCAUUCAUUUAAUAGAUACCUUCCCUAAUCGUGAUUUAAUGAGUUUGAUCUCAUACUGCCAGGCAACUCAGACAGUGUUUUAGGCACAGAUAAAUUGUCAAUCGAACAAUAAACAUUUUCUGUAAUAAUUAUUAAGCCGACUUUGAAAACUAAAUCACAAGGACAAAUGUUUUAGAGAUAUAGAGAAAGAUAUCUAAGGUCUUGACUUCAAGUUAAGCACAAACUCAAGAAACCUUUGUUUGCUCUAUAAAUUAAAAGCUCACCGCAAUAAACGUUUGCGACAACUGAUAAUUAGCCCUAAGAAAACAGGCAUUAGCGAUGCCAUCACUGGUUACCCCUGUUCACAGACCCUCUAUUUUCUCUUCAAAGUCCGUCGAGCGUGCGCGACAAAAAACCGCGGGGGAAUUAUUGACCGCCAGCGCAAGGGAGUAGGGGUGGGGGAAGUAGAAAAUGGACGGUCUGUAGACAUCUUUUGGAGCAACUGAAACUUGAUUUUCCUAGUAAAAGCACAUUACCAUUGGCUGAACGGCGAUUAUCCUGUCAUCAUCAUGUCAACGACUCAUUACGCUCACGUCAUGCAAGUAGAAACGUUUGUCAUUGCCUGGAGGCGCUAACUUACUAUUGUAAUUUGCAUAAAACAAAAACAUCAGUUGAAAGCGCCGCCGGAUGCAGUCAUACUGAUCUUGUGUUGACCAUGCUGACCAUAUCUUUUGUAUCAGAGUAUAGACUAUGGAAAGCGUGCUUGACGACUGUUUGGCACAGAUUUCAAGCAAAUACGUACUCAAAAAAGAGCGGUGCCAGGCUGUUUUGGGUUUACUGGGGCAAGAGGAUCUUGUGGCCGUUUUUACCACAGGUUUUGGGAAAAUUUUAAUCUAACAGUAGUUCGCGGCAGUGAAACUCAAACAAAGAGAAAAGAACGUAGUAUUAGUUGCAUCGCCAUUGCGGAUAUUAUCAAUGAUCAAGUUGAAGCAAUGGUUUUAAUAAAAGAAAAUCGAGCCCAGGUGCUUCUAACCUUAUUACUGCAAGGCAAACAAACCCUACUUGACUUAUCUUCUGUUUGCGAAACGGUAAAACCAAGAUCUCUUUAAUCGUCCGCCAUUUUUCGUUUUGUUAAUAACACCUUGACGAACACUCUCAUUAAACAGAUUCCCGUAGCUUUACGGGAACGCGUUAAUAUCCCACAAUAAUCCGAUGGUUCGAUUUGUUUCGGCUUCGGACCCUUUUAGCCGGCUUUUUCGGCGUUGAAGUCAGUGAGACAAGACAUGCUUAAACAAACACGCGAGUCCGGGGGCGCUUUCCAUUUACGAAAAAAACCCGGAAAUUUCGGUGGUAGCAAAAGUGGAAUUUCCGAUUGGUAAAAAGUUGUUCCAUUUGGUCGUAAACCCCGGUACGUGGCCGGGUGCCCGACCGUGGACCUCGAACUGGUACAAACUACAAGAAACGUCAAUGGAACACGACAUUCCGUUCGGAAAUUCCAACCGGGAAAACGGGACCACCUUUUUAGAUUUUCCACUUUUUCUGGGAAUUUUCCAGUGGGACGAACCGACGAAACGUGUUCCAUUUACCGCCGAACCAGAAAUUCCGGAAAUUUUGACUAAAUGGAAAGCGCCCCGGGUGUCAUUUUUAAAAUGUUCUAAAAUACUUAGCAAUUUAGAUCUCCAAUAUCAUUGGUUCAAUUUAAUUGGUACUGCGCACGCGUAGGUGAUGAUGAUGAGGCGUUGACGUGGGGGAGGAACUUUAAAAUAAACCUCUUUUUUCCCAAAGAUGUCUACAGACGUUCUUCAUUUUUCUUUCUCGCUCUCCGCGCUCACCGAUGUUUUCGAAGACAACGAAAAGAAAAAUAAAACAACGUCUGUGUACAGGUUACGCGAAUAUAUAGCCUGCGUAGCAGGCGCUUGGAAGAAGUGGUCGUAAGAAAGAACGGGCGCUCGAGAGGGAGACACAACCGUUGCGCCCACUACUUCCAAGCGCCUGCUACGCAGGCCACGCGAAAUAAGGUCUGAGGGACGAGCGUAGAAAUUCCAUGCUGAUGACGCGUCACAAACCACAUCUGGAUAGUGCUCCUGAUUGGUUGAAGCAAAAUUUCCCUCGCGACACGACUAAUCAGAAGCACUACGCGUAUCUGGGUAGUGACAAGUCAUCAGUAUGGAAUUUCUGCAGCCGUUCUUCAGACGUCACACGCCAGUGUCCGUUACAAGUGCAUUCCAAAAUUCUUGUAAAACAACCAAUGCAUGAAAGCGGCCUCAAAACAAGUUUCGCUGAGGAGGCUGUUUGGUUACGGUCCGACCGGAUGGAUUUUUGUUUGACAUUGCCGAGAUCGCUUGCGGUGAAGCUUUUAAACUAUUUACUGAAUUGUAAUUACCAAUUGUCCACACUGCAUGUAUAGUGUUGAGUCAUUUAUUUUUUCUCCUACACCUCGGCCGGCCUCUCGUGUUUUUGUAAUCAAUGUUUUCUGAUUUCCCUUUGCGUGUUGCAAAUUAAUUAUCUAACUUCACUCUUACCAAAUACGUUCAAUUCUGGCAGUGAUCUAACUCUUUACAAACUGACAGUCAUGUGAAAAAUAGUUCAUAAUGCUUCAUUGUUGGCUUCAAAUAAUAGGUUGCAACUAGUUGUCUUACAACACGAAUCUCAAGCCUCGGACUUACGUAUAUUUUGAGAAAUUAUUGAAAAGAAAUCCACGAGCCCUUAGAUCUUUUUUUUGUUUUGUUUUCAAAACAUGAUUAAUAAAUCAUUUGAUAAUUAUUCGACAGACAUUUUUUUAACGGAUGAUACGUAUAAUUAACUAACUACGAAGCAAAGCCGGUCCUCAGGUCCAUGAAAUCUAAACUCAAAACCUCCCCGUACUGUGUGUUGAAAAUAGAUCGUAACUGAGCUCGUCAAGAAACGAAAAACAUUAACAUAUUUUGCCCCGUUCAACUAAAGCUUUCCUACUUCAUUAAUGUUAAAAUAUACUCGGGAAAAACUUGCAGAGAGAAUAAAUUAAAUCGUCUUACAUAACAUUUCCAAUAAAAUCAUUCCUCCUUAUAUCCAGGCUUAUAUGUCUUCCUUUUAAAAGAAGAAUAUCUUUGAAAUAGAUAGUGAAGAAAUGGUCAGUAUAGAGAAAUUGCUGACUCACUUGUUGUGAAAGUGUAAUUAUUGAGUGAUAUAUUAAUAUAUAUGCAUAAGUCAGUACACCACUAAGUAAAAUCAGAGCAGGUGCUUUCAUUGAGGAAGGGUAUUGAUCGUAGCCAACAGAAGAUAAAGAGUAAUCAUAGUAUGGAAACCUGGUUUUGGGUUCUUGGCUGGGUUCUUUCCGUUCUAACGAUAACUGGAAAUGGCUUCAUUAUUUCCCUUGUUGGCCGCAAUCGACCCCUCCGCACCAAAACCAACGCGUUCAUAGCUUCGCUUGCUGUGGCAGACUUUCUUGUUGGUGUGGGCGUCGUUCCUUCUCUCUUCUUCUGCGAGAUCUCAGGAGGCGGGUGUAAAUGGUCUCGAGCCUGGUCGUCCUGGCUUCCUGAUUUGAUACGAUGGCUUUUUGGAUACGCGUCGGUAUUCAAUUUGUGCAGCUUGGUGACAGAUCGCUAUAUAGCUAUUGUAAAGCCUUUAAAAUACGUAACGUGCGUAACUCCACGUCGAGUGAUUCAAAUGAUAUUCCUUUCUUGGGCGAUCCCCUUUGGAUUUGUGACAACUACAUUUUUCCUUGUUUUGUUUAGGGUUGAAUACGCGGAUUUUAUAAAUGCUUCAACGAUGUUCUUUGAGGUCGCGUCAUGUUGUAUCGUUGUUUUCUGCUACUGCUCAAUGGUACUUGCUGUAUAUAAACACGAUCGAUCAGCAGCUGCUUUAGCGAAACAGUUACGUUUCAAUCACAAAGGACUGACAUUCAAUAAGCACGACAAAUCCGCAUUUACAAUGACGACAAUUGUUGUGGUUUUGUUUCUUAUUUGCUACGGAAUUCACUGUCGCUGUGGCUUUGUAUCACUCUUUCUUAACCUUCCAUGUAAUGACUUUGAAUAUAAAUUACCUACAUUGAUCUUAAACUCCGCCAUAAACCCUUGGGCGUACGCUUUCUUCAAGAGAGACAUAAAUAAGGAGACAAGAAAGCUGAUCUGCAGAGCGGCUUCAAAAAAUGAUAACAAAGUAGAUCCUAUCAGUAAAGCAAAUCACGUUACAGUGGGUACAUGUAGCUCCACUUUGUAAACAGUCCAUUAUUAAUAAGAAGAAAAUGUUAAUUGAGGAUACUAGUGCAUGGCGCGAUCCAUUCAACCAAAAUUUCCGGAAGUUUCGGUCCAAAACUCAAUGGAUCGGUUCGGUCCAACCGGAAAAGUUUCGAAAAAACGGGUCCACCUUUUGAGGUGGACCACUUUUCCCGGUCGGACCGGUUGGAAUUUUUUGUUGAAUGGAUCGCGCCCAGUGUCUUUUACUAUUUAUCAAUUCUACCUUAAAAAAGAGGAAAAAUUUAAAUCCUAAGGGCAAAACUAAUUUUCAAUAUUGUUCAUCUUUUAAUGAUAUAAAAUGGGAGAAUGUCCGUCCACUUUAAGCUCUUGGCAGAGUUUUAGGAUUAAAAGGCAUUAGCGUUUUUCUUAAUGAAAACUACAUUUCUCUAGGUAAAAGCCUACUAAGCAGAGUAAACAUUACCGGUUGCCGGUUAAGCAUGCAAGGGUUUCAGCUGUACCAAUUCUAUUUAAAACGUUGAGCAGCUUUUCUACAUUGACGAGUGCUCAAUUUGCCGUAAGGUUGUAAUUGCCAACGAGGCAACCAAGCUAAGAAGCGACGUUGACUGGGCGGCAGAAUUAUAACGCCGCGCAAUGUACCGGCGUAACCCUCUAAAAUUUGCAUUUUGGGCCACAUUUGGGUGUGAGUAAGACCCCAUAUUUGGGUAGUGACGUCAUAGUCUUGUAUUCACAACUCACGGUCCGAAAUUGACCACUCCAGAAAAUACAAUAAAACACCAUAAUGCUCUUUGUUUGACACCCCAAUAUUUUGCAUAAGCAUUAAAUGUUUUUAGUUUCUCUUGGGAGUUAAAAUGACCCCAAGAGAAACUGAAAACAAUGCUUAUGCAAAAUUUUGGGGUGAAAAACAAAGAGCAUUAUGGUAUGUUAUGGUAUUUUCUGGAGUGUUCAAUUGGGUGAUUCACUGUGUGCUGUUCGUUGUCUGCUCAAGAGGACCUAACAGGUGAGCAAGCUUUAAUAUAAUUUCUAGUUUGAAAGAGCAAAUAGUGCUCUGGUUUGCUUCAUAAAUUGCGUUUAAAGCAGCAGCUUUAAAAAAUAGGGUUUUGCGCUCAAAUUUUUCUCAGAACCAGCUUGUUCUACAUUGAGGUAGCGUGUUCGCUUCCCGACUCAGAACCAAGGUUUUCAGUGUUCUCUUUUCCUUUGUGAGUUGAAUUUUAAGCGGUAGUUGAUCAAGGCAUAGGCUUAUAUUCUCAAAACGUUUAUCAGAACCAGCGUGUUCUUCGCAGGUCGAUUUACAUUGAGCCAGUCCUCACCUCCCGUGAGGAAUGCAACGUAUUUGCUGACCUUUUUUUUUUUCUUAUUUAUUCGAGAGAUUUUGUCAACCAGCAUGUUUUUUUGCUGCUCGAUUUACAUUGAGACAACCCAAAACUCCCGUGAGGAAUGCAACGAAUUUGCGGACCUUUCGUUUUGAAGACUAUCAUUACGUCUUUGUCCUGUGACACUCGCACAUUAGAUCUUUGUAUUUUAUUCAAGUUUAUAUUUUUAUACCUCUGAUACGUAUAAAUUCCGCCCCAUUCUUGCCCUUUUCACACAUUUUACUUUACACAAAUUAUUUCUUACGUAUAUUACCACACGAAACAUUUUUCUUAUCCCUAAUGACGCUAUUGCUCAGAAUUUAAUUAUUGUUUAUAAUUUCAGCAGUCAAAGGCCUCAUUUGAACUAUCUUUUUCUUUUUAACGCUUAUAGUUUUGAUACAAUUGAAUUUUCCAUGAAAAAUAAGUACUAACUUGCUCAUAUUUACCAACAAAGCUUCAAGCCAUGUUGUUAUUGUUUAAUAAUUAAACAGUGAAAGCCUACAAUGAGCCAGAGUUGUUGUUUUGAAGUCGGCACAAGCAUGAAAGACCAUGCAAAAAAAACAUAGGGAUGAAUUACCGCACACCUGCGAGUCGAUUUCUUUUUUUAACCAUACUGAGAUUUCUUUGUUUGCUCUCGAAUAAACUUUAGCUUGAUAUCAUACUGCAAAUUUACUAAACCAUUCAAAUAUUAGUUGGUGAGCAGUAUGGUAUCAGUAUUGGCUCAUUUCAGCUGUGUUUAAUAUCCGUCAGUAAAUUUUAAGCGUCAAUAAAAACGUCCUGAAACACAGGAAGUUUUCCUGAUUGGUCGAUUUAAAUGCUAUGGAUAAAAUAUUCCAGCUCAUAUGCCAGUCUAAAUGUGAAACUGAAUUUGCUGUUGUGUGAAUUUACAUUAUUCAAGUACAAAUUAAUGAAACUGAUUUCAGCGAAAGCCGCAUGCCCUCAAAGAACAUUUCAGGUAUUAAGAAUUUUUUUCUGUUUUAGUGUUAUAUUCGUUUUUCUGGUCAGAGUUUCUAGAGCUAGAAUAGAAAGGGCGUUCUGAGUUCAAUAUUUUCCUUCAUCCAAUCUUCACACCACUGGACCCUACAUACAAAUGUUCCUCACUAACCAAACAAACAUUAAACGCCAUAACCAAGCUUCUUUACGAUCUACAAUCGAACUGCAUCAUUUAGAACGUUCAAUUCUUAGAUCAAACACCCCACUCAGUUAUUAUUUCAAACAUAAUUCCCACGAAAUACGAUCUUGUGACGUCACCAGCCAAAAUGACUGUUAAAGAACGUUAACGUUCUAUUCUUUUGCAGAAGAGUUCUCUAAAUUAAUGUUGUCAAGCACAGCAAUUGCCUCGACUUUUCAUUGAAACACCGGUGGAUAACAAAAAAUAUUCAACAGAGAGGGUUAAGUUGAGUUUCAUGACAGGUAUGGCACAUUUUAUCAAAAUUUACUUACGCUGGGCAUGUAGUCAACUUUCAGUUAAUUACGAAAAGGAUGGUACAGUAUAGUCGAAAGCGACCAGCUGGUGUUUACAAACUUGCCUUAAAUUUUUUCUUUCUGUAUUUUACCCGAUCAACCUAGUCGAAUGAAGUAGUUUUAAAAUCUUUAUCAAAUGGACACGUUGUUUUGAUUCUUGGCUGGUUUUUGUCCAUCCUUACGAUCGCCUGUAAUGGAUUCGCCAUGCAUCUUCCUUAUCUCCACCAGACGAACGCUCCGCACCAAAACGAACUGAAUUAUAAUCCACUUGCAGUAGCAGAUCUCUCGGCUGGAGCGGGAGUUAUUCCCAUCAUGUCCACUUACGAUAGUACAUUAGAUUCCAGUAAGGAUAUGUGGCAAUUUUCUAUAAAAAAAUAAAUAAAGACUGCUGUUAUGCUGCGCCUCUCUGAAAAACUUAUGUAGUUUGGUAUUAGAUAGGUACAUUGCCUUUGCGAAGCCUUUGAAAUAUUUAACUUGCAUGGCUGCAGGUCGUCGGGUUUUUCAAAUGAUAUUUUUUUCUUAUGGGCAAUCUCUUUUGGCGUUGUCACGAUCGUUCGUUUGCAUUCACAUUCACGCCAUACGUUCAAAUUAGUAGUAAGCCAAUUAACCGCUCCUAUUUGAGAUUUUGUCAUGUUGUAUGCUAAUAUUCUUCUUUUCCUCAAUGGAAAUUGUUGUUCUACACGAACAAGACCGAUCAGUACAGUAGGAAAGGUGGCAAAACAGUGAAGAUUCAGCCACUGAGGAUUGACAGUUAAUAGCACAACAAAUCGGCAUUCGCAAAGAUGGGAAUUGUCGCCGAAUUGUUUCUAAUUUGCCAUGGAAUAUAUUUUCGAUAUAGUAUAGUUAAUCUUUUCGAUAUAAAAUCAAUGCAGAGACGACUCCUGACCUAUACCGAUAUUGAUUUAAUUUAAACACUGUCAUUAACCCGGCGGCUUGUGCCUUUUACAAAAGGAACAUAAACAAAGAUAAAAAAGACUAAUGUGCAAGCUAGUAUUGUUUGCAGAGAAGAGCCUCUCUGGGAGAACAAUUAUAUUACCACUGACAGAGAUAGGAAAACAGACUGAUGUGGUGCUGAUAUGAAUCGGAAACUGAAAAGAAAUUGCACGUGUAAAUACAGUACAUGUUCCAUUUUAACCUAUGCCACUGAUAUUAAUAUUAUAAAGGAAAAUAAAGGGAGAUGUAAAGAAUCAACCAUAAGAGGACACAGAAAAAAUCUGAGCCCAGAUGGGCAACACAUUAAGGCUUAACUGUAUCACACAGUCACAUUAAUAGCAAGAAAUGCCUCACUCAUGAAGGAGCCUCCAACCAACCAACCUAUGCCACUGUUCCAUUUUAGACCAUUUUUAUUAACUGUUAAAAAAUAGCUUUUUUUUUCUACGAUUCGUCGCUGUCAUUCAUAUAAAGAUAUCACGAAGUUAAGAAAAAUGAGUGUAUUUCCAGCAACAAAAUCAUUAAAAUCAUCUGUCGGUUCAUAUAUUAAGAAGUAUAUACUCUGUUCAUGCAGGGAAGUUGUCGCCACUUUUUUGGGGGUCAAAUAAAGACCAAAAAAACCAAUGGAACUCAAACAACAUGAGACUAAGUUUUUUCGAGUUAUGCAUUGUGACAUGGACGAAUCACCCAAAAUCAUAUUCAGAUCGGUAGCCAGGUGUUAGGAAUUAGUUUUUCAGUUUAAGAUGCCUUGAUCCCUUUCCAAUCGCCUAACAGUAAGUUAAGAACAAACAACAAGAUAUAAGAUAAGCCAGCUUUAUCUAGUUUAGUUCUUUCUUCAAAUAUAGAAUUCGGUAUAUUCUCUUUCUGUGUACUAUUAUCACUAGUCUAAACAUAGCUCCUACUAAAUAUCAUGUUAUGACGUUACCAGCCGAAAGGGGAAGAGGAUUUCGAAUUCGAUGCUUCGCGUAAACGUUGAGUGAAUUGUUGCCAGUAUCAACAAAAGUUAUUCGCUCAUUUCGCUAGUGAAUUUUCUCCUCCGAGAAAAGAUAAGCCAGCUUUCUCUAUUUUUUCUCUCAAUACAUAAUUCAGUAUAUUGAAGAUGAAACAACAACAACAACAUGAUAUUAAUAUAAUACAUAAUUAAUAUAAUACAUAAUUCAGAAUGUUUAGUCUCAGUGUGCAUUAUCAAAAAUAAAAAGAAGAUAGUUUCCAUUGAUAUCAUGUAAUUAUGUCUCCAACCAGAAUAGCAAGGAGAUUCGAAAUUCUAUCCUUUGCCUAAAGGUUGAUUGAAUUUUUGUCAGCCGCAAAAAUUUAAUCUCUCAUUUUGUUCGUUUUCCUUCAAUUAGUAUCGGAUAUAAAAAUUAUCAACGAAUGGUCCAUGACUAAAUAAAAAGGAUGCGGAUACCGGAGCGUUGAUUACCAAGGGCAGCGACACUGAGUCUCCAAAAAAUGUUCUUUCGUUGAGUUAAGAGCUUCAUUUACAUUUCAAGAGCAACAUAUAUUUGAAACCAACCUCCUAAUUGGUCUCAACUUAGCAAUCAUAAAUUGACGUAUACGCUUAUUAUCAUCGGCUCGUAAGUUAAGAAGCUCACGACGCUGCAAGUGUUACCAGAUGUGUAUAAGUUAAAAUUGUCAUUACUUUUCUUUUUCAAGGAACUCAAAAAAUAACGUACUACUUUCAGCUAAAGAUCUGUACCGAUAAUAACAUGGAAUCAUGGUUUUGGAUUCUUGGCUGGAUUCUGUCCAUUCUGACGAUAACUGGAAAUGGAUUCAUUGUGCUUCUCGUGAUUAGUCAACGAAAGCUUCGCACCAAAACUAACACGCUCAUCGUUUCACUUGCAGUGGCGGAUUUCUGUGUUGGGGCCUUCGCUUUUCCUUCACUGUUCUUCUGUGAAAUUAGAGAUGGCUGCAAUUGGCCUCGACCCUAUGCGUCCUGGGUGGAUUUUAUAAGGUGGCUCUUUGCGUACGCCUCUAUAAUGAACCUGUGCAGCUUAGCACUGGAUCGGUAUAUGGCCGUUGUAAAGCCAAUGAAAUACGUCAACUUCAUUACUGCGCGACGUGUCAUUCAACUUACGCUAAUUUCUUGGGUUAUCCCUCUUUGUCUUGUAAUUUUUGCCUUUUUCAUGGUUUUGUAUUUAACAUUUUCUUCAUGUAUGAUAGUCUUAAGCGUAUGUUCUGCCCUCCUCGAGAUUUUCUUCAGCUGCAUGUUAAUUUUCUGUUUUAUUUCCAUGGUGACAGUUGUAUGCAAGCAAACUCGAUCAUCAGCCAUCUUGGCAAAACAGUUACGGUUCAACCAUGGAGGUUUCAAAUUCAACGCAUAUGACAAAUCAGCAGUUGUUAUGUUGGCAGUCGUGGUUGGCUUUGCUCUCGCUUGUUGCGCGAUUUACAUGCGAUGUGCGUUUGAUCAGAUUUGGGGAAACCAAACAACUCACCUUUCGUGUAAAAAUGACUUCAAAUAUAAAAUACCAAUGUUUGUUCUGAACUCGGCCAUAAAUCCUCUGGCUUACGCUUUAUUCAAGCGUGACAUUAAAAGGGCAUUAAAAGGACACAAGCUUACCUCUGAGGUUGCUCGAUAAUAUAUUCAAUGAAACACCGCGGCGUUUCCGAUACGGCGAUCAUUCAAGGGCGGCAUUCAUUGAUGGCGGUGUUCACUUAAAAAUGACAAAAAUUACCAUAAAUCAAUUCUAAAUAAAAUGUAAACCAGAGGGAUGUUUUCAGUUUAAGAUUCAAAAGUCUCGCUCUUUCAUUUUUUUUUUGUUGUUGAGAGAUGGAAUCGUUAAUUGUUUGGAAGGUGUUGAUACUAAUUUGUGCCGAGGUAUUCCCUAUUAUCCUCGAAUAAACGCUGCAUUAUUCUGUUUUGGUGGGGCGCUUAUUAAAAGGCGACAUUUGAUAGUUUUACCUCUAUCUGCGGCGUUAAAUGGAGUAAACAUUUCAUUUUAGAUUGCACUUAAGUACUUCAAGGAAACUUGGUGCACAUAUUCUCUCAAAAAAUUGUGAUAAGAUGUGAAUCUCUUACCAUGGACAGAAUAAAGAUAUUUUUGUCAAAAACCCCUGCUUGUUAUUUUUACUGUGUUUUUCUUGAUCUCGGAUUUAUAAACGUUUGACGAAGAUUAUUCAUUUGAAAUAAUUCCUAGCUUAAAACCAUAGCUAAAACGUGCUUACCUCCAUCGAUCCAUCGAUGCUAAGUUCAUCUUCGAUAGUUCACGUUUAGGUUUUAUUCAGCUCCCCAAAUAUUCUCCAAGCAGCAGAUGUCGCUGUUCAAGUCGUCUUCUAGCUGUUCUUGCCAUGUUGUUAGCUAUUAUUUCGCCUAGUUCUUACUCUUGAAACGAGUGAAAUGUCCGUCAUUUUUGUUCUCACAACCAAAACAACUCAACCUCGUCCCCAGGUCUUCUCGGUUAGCGGUGCAUUAACCCGCAAAAAAGCUGCACUUUCGACGUCAUCGGUUCAUUAAACGCAAACUUUCUUCCACAUUUGGUCAUCGGUAGCUGGUUAUGGCGAAUUAUGCGUGUGCUUUUAGGUAAUUAGAAUCGGGGGAAUAUUUUGAAUGAAUAAUAAUUGCUAUUUGUGCAUUAUCACUAAUGCCAUCUAAUGACGUCACAAGCCCAAAACGGAAGGGAAUUUCCACGCUUUGUAUAUUUAACGUUCAUUUAUUUCUUGACAUUCAACAAAGUUGAAUUCUCUCUUUAUAUUGUUUUUUUUUUAUCACUUCAAUGAACUAUCUGUUGUUACAAUUAACAACAGCUAAGUGAAUAAAUACCUCUUAUUAGACGAGUUUUCGGUCCGUUCUGUAAAUCACGGACCGAGCUUUUUUCCAUCGAUUUAAGGCCCAAGCGCGAAGCGCGCGGGCCAUAAAUCGAUGGAAAAAACGAGGAUCCGUAAUUUACAGUACGGAACGAAAAAGCGAGGCUAAUAAGAUGUUUGUUAUAUGGCUUCUUCCAGUUUGGGGGACCGGAAACAAGUGCAGGACGCGCGAUUUGACAAUUAAUCAUUUGACAGGCGUCAAGAAAGAAAAUUUUUAUUGGCUCACGAGAAAGUGAAAACAAAUUGGCCAUGUUGAAAAAGUUUAUUUGGUCCAAACUAAGACCGCUGUAAGUUUUAGCUCUUUAAUGUAAGGCUGGAGUACUUUGAAAACCGGGCACUGCGUCUUUCUCGAAGUCGUUUCCAUCUUUCCUCCGUUGGUCCUUGUAAAAAAAAACACACACACACACUGCACAAGGCAAGAAACUUUUCAAGGUAAGUUGGUUGUCAUUGUCGAAGGAUUCGCUCCUUAAUUUUGGGGGGAAAACCUCUCGAAUUUCUGCCAGUUCAUUUUCGUCUUCAAGCGUAAUCUGCGUUAAAAUUUUCAAACACGGACCAUAUAUUCUUCCACGUAAAGGUUACGAUUCAGUUUCUACAUCAGCUUCGUUCUCAUUCAAACAAAGCUAGGUUAAAAUCUGGAAAGGCAAAGUCAACAUCCCAGUCCUUAGAGUUUACAGACAUACUUUUAAGUAUAUUCGUUUAAAUCUAAGAGUACUGUAAGUAUUCACUUGCCAAUGUGA